AUGGUUGGAAAUCCGAGAAACAUUACCACAAUGUUACCAACAUCAUCAUACCCAUCCUUAGCAGCAUCGGUACCGGUGGUCGGACAGGGCGCAACGUGCACGGGAACACCGACCAGACCGAGAAUGCUGCUGGUCAUGGUGUCUACUGCCGUGCUGUUGCUACUGCUGCUUCCGGGCGUAGUGCUGGGAGAUUAUGAAAAUACAUGGAACUCCUACUACGAGCAACCGUGCUGCGGUGGCACCACCAAUGGGCCCUUCCAUCUGCGCCACCACGGAGAUCACGUACGGGAGUUCCAGUGCGGCAAAUUCUACUACCGAACAUUCUACAUGGAUGAGGACCGGGACACGCUGUACGUCGGUGCCAUGAACCGAGUGUACAAACUAAAUUUGAAAAAUAUUAGCAUGACAUCAUGCGAGAAAGACUCCAUGCUACUCGAUCCCACCGGAGCGGACAUCCGGAACUGUGUGUCACGUGGCAAAAGUGAGAUGUUUGAUUGCAAAAAUCACAUUCGAGUCAUUCAGCCAAUGGACAAUGGAACGAGGCUCUACAUUUGUGGCACGAACGCUCACAGCCCAAAGGAUGUUGUAAUAUUUCGAAACUUAACUCACUUGCCACGGUCAGAGUAUGUACCCGGGGUCGGCCUCGGUGUUGCCAAGUGUCCCUACGAUCCCAUCGACAACUCGACCGCCAUCUACGUGCACGAAGGCAAUCCCGGUGGUCUACCGGCACUGUACUCCGGUACGAAUGCCGAGUUCACCAAGGCGGAUACGGUCAUAUUCCGGGCGGAUCUGUACGAGAUGUCCUCCGGGAAGAAGAUGUACAACUUCAAGCGUACGCUCAAGUACGACUCCAAGUGGCUGGAUAAGCCCAACUUUGUCGGAUCGUUCGAUAUCGGUGAGUACGUGUACUUCUUUUUCCGUGAAAUAGCGGUCGAGUACAUCAACUGCGGCAAGGCGGUGUACUCGCGGGUGGCACGCGUCUGCAAGAAGGACACCGGUGGCAAAAACAUCCUCAACCAGAACUGGGCGACCUAUUUGAAGGCGCGGCUGAACUGCAGCAUAUCGGGUGAAUUUCCGUUUUACUUUAACGAGAUCCAGGACGUGUACCAGAUGCCAACGGAUAAGACGCGAUUCUACGCUACCUUCACGACCAGCACGAACGGGUUGGUGGGAUCGGCCGUGUGUAGUUUUAGCUUGGGAGAAAUCCAUUCCGCGUUCGCCGGUAAAUUCAAAGAACAAGCAACGUCCAACUCCGCCUGGCUACCGGUGAUGAGUUCCAAGAUACCUGAACCCCGACCUGGAACAUGUGUGGAGGAUACAACCACACUACCGGACGCUGUACUUAACUUCAUCCGAUCACACCCACUGAUGGAUCGUGCGAUCACCCAUGACUAUGGUAAUCCUGUCUUUUACAAGCGGGAUCUCAUCCUCACGAAGCUGGUCGUUGACAAGAUUAGUAUCGACAUCCUUAACCAGGAGUAUUUGGUGUACUAUCUGGCGACGAACGAGGGUCGCAUCUACAAAGUGGUACAGUACUUCCACGAUGGACAAUCACGGGCAAAACUGUUGGACAUUUUCGAUGUGGCACCUAAUGAAGCGAUUCAGGUGAUGCGGCUUAGUCAGCGGUACAAGUCGCUGUACAUUGGCACCGAUUCGCGCAUCAAGCAGAUCGAUCUGGUUAUGUGUAAUCGACGGUAUGAUAGCUGCUACCGGUGUGUACAGGAUCCGUACUGUGGCUGGGAUCGCGACAGUGGUAGCUGUAGACCAUAUCAACUAGGAUUCCUUCAGGAUGUUGGCAACCGGACGUCGGACAUUUGUGACACGAACGUGAUGCGGAAGAAAAUUAUCGUCACCUUCGGGCAGAGCGUACAUCUCGGGUGUUUCGCACGGGUACCGGAAAUCCUGAAGCACCAACCGGUCACCUGGUACCAUCAUUCGAAGGAGCGUGGCCGGUACGAGGUACGGUACAGCGUUACCAAGCACAUCGAAACGUCCGAAGGUGGGCUGGUGGUGAUUGCGAUCAACGAAGCGGACAGUGGCCGGUACGAUUGUUAUAUCGGCGGUUCGCUACUGUGCAGCUUCAGUCUGGUUGUGGAUGCUCAUCGGUGUACGGCUCCGAGCAAGGGUAACGAUUAUCAAAAAAUCUACUCCGAUUGGUGCCACGAGUUCGAACGAUACAAAUCCGCCUUGAAGCGAUGGGAAGCGAAGCAAUCGCAAUGCUCAACAAACCCAAAGGACAAUGAGUUGGACCUGUACCAAGGCAACGGAAACGUUUGA